AUGUCGAUUUUGAGAAGCUUUGCGAGACGGGUUGAUACGGCGUUUGUUGUUCUUCCGACGACGACAACGAGGUUACCGACGUUGGGAUACCGACGGCUGCAGCGGUUUUCGACGGCCGGAAGGUUGGGGUAUCCGGUCGAAGGGGUGCCUGAGCAUUUAGAUGAGAAGGAAGCUGGGAUUUUUGAGAAAUUGAGGGAAGGGUUGAGUCCCAGUCGGUUGGAUGUCAAGGAUAUAUCAGGAGGAUGCGGGUCAAUGUAUGCGGUUGAGAUCGAGUCUCCGAAGUUUAGAGGGUUGACGACGUUGAAGAUGCAUAGGGAAGUGCAGGGCAUUCUGGCGGAGGAGAUUAAAGGAUGGCAUGGGAUUCAGUUGAAAACUAAGGCGACUCCCGUGGGGGAGGAGUGA